UAAAACAAGGGGAUGGAUAUGAAACUUGGUUUCACCUCACUGCAGCAGACUUAGCUCUGUACUUGUCAUUUAUCUCAAGAGGGUUGGAAUGUAAAAGCAGCGAUGGGCUACCAAGGCUUUAUAAAGCUCUGAUUAGGCCCCAUUUGGAGUACUGUGUCCAAUUUUGGGCCCCACACCUCAGGAAGGACAUACUGGCACUGGAGUACGUCCAGCGGAGAUUCACGCUGAUGAUCCCUAGAAUGGCCAUGACUGAGACUGGGACUGAUUCUUCCCCCAAGUUCAAGAACGGAAUCACUAAAGAAAUCGAUCUGGUCAACCGGGAUCCCAAACAAAUCAACGAGGAUGUGGUUAAGAUAGAUUUUGAAGAUGUGAUUGCGGAGCCCGAAGGAAUUCACAGCUUAGAUGGUGUGUGGAAAUUCAGCGUCACAACCUUCACUGUGUCAAAAUACUGGUGCUAUCGGAUACUCUCUGCUCUCUGUGGAGUCCCCCUGUCUGUGUGCUGGGGUCUCUACUUUGCCUGCCUCUCCUUCUGCCACAUCUGGACCAUUGUGCCCUGCCUCAAGAGUUUUGUGAUUGAAAUGCAGUGCUUCAGUAGGCUCUACUCUCUCUGCAUUCACACCUUCUGUGACCCCUUUUAUGAAGCCCUGGGCAAAUUAUUCAGUAACAUUCGCGUCACUUUACAAAAGGACAUUUAAUUUCUCACUAUGUUUUCUGACAACCCCUGUACCCUUGCAGAAGGCUUAGGCACUAAAUUGCCAUAUUUCAUUCAGAACUUUUAAAAUUGUAAUUCACUUUUUCUUUUGAAAUGGUUGUUUUACCUCACCAAUGUUCCCCUCUUUUGAUCAUUGUGAAGUUCUAAAAACAUUAAGAAUUCAGAGACAGAUAUUA